AACUUCUUGUGACCCUCUCACACUCUAUUUGACAGCCAAGUUUAGAGUUCUUUCUAUUUGUUUUUCAGGCACAACCUGGGUCAGUGAAAUACUGGAUUUGAUCUAUAACAAUGGGGAUACAGAGAAAUGUAAACGGGGUGCAAUAUACGACCGAGUGCCAUUCAUGGAACUUAUAGUACCUGGAUUUGAAAACGGCAUUGAGGCUUUGAAAAACAUGCAGUCUCCUCGACUAGUGAAAACACACUUGCCUGUUCAACUUCUUCCUUCUUCCUUUUGGAAGAAUAACUGCAAGAUGGUCUAUGUGGCACGAAAUGCUAAAGAUGUGGCUGUGUCUUACUAUUAUUUCUACCAAAUGGCCAAAUUACACCCAGAGCCUGGUACCUGGGAGGAGUUUCUACAUAAAUUCAUGACUGGGAAUGUGGCUUUUGGUUCUUGGUAUGACCAUGUGAAGGGCUGGUGGGAGAAAAGGAAAGAUUAUCGUAUCCUCUACCUAUUCUAUGAAGACAUGAAAGAGGAUCCAAAGCGUGAAAUUCAGAAGCUGUUAAAGUUUCUAGAGAAAGACCUGCCAGAAGAAACUGUGAAUAAAAUCCUCUAUCAUAGUUCUUUUGAUGUGAUGAAGCAGAAUCCUUGUGCAAAUUAUACUACUGUACCAGCAUUUGGUAUGGAUCAUAAUGUAUCUCCCUUUAUGAGAAAGGGUAUUGCAGGAGACUGGAAAAACAAGUUUACUGUAGCCCAAAAUGAGAAGUUUGACGAAGAUUAUGAAAAGAAAAUGAGAGAGUCUACACUGAAGUUUCGUUCAGAGAUCUCAUAAAUAAGUGCUCUUUGUCCAACUGCUUUAUGGCAUUUAAAUAAAAAAAUCUCUUUAAACACUUGGUGAAAGAAAAUUCUAUAUGUGAUAUUUUCUUAUUUAAUAAUGUUAGUGAUUUGCAAUAGAAUAUUCAAAGAAUUUCAAAGUCUACAUAUAAAAACAAGUACUGGCUCUAUAAUUUUAACUACCAUCCUCAAAG